ACCGGGGACGCUUUCUCCUGAUUGGCUGCUUCUACAUCCUGUGUUUACUGUUUUCAGGCUUCGCUAGCAGAUGCUAUUUUAAACCACACUGCCUUCGUGAGCAGUGGAUUAACAAGUACAUCUUAAACAAGGACUCGGCUGCAUUGUCUGGGAUGGAUCGCAACAACCCAGAGGUUCUGACAGAUCCUGGCAGAGAACCUGGUCUGACAGCAGAGAAUCCUGAGUCAAUCUGUCCAGAAAAGGAGCAGAGGACUUCCUGCAUGGUGACGGAGGAUCUGAACACUAAUGGUUCCUGGUCCCAGAGGUCCAUCUCCAGUUCCUUACAGCGAGCGGAGUCUUUACUCAGAAGCACCUUUAAUCCCAGUCUGAAGUGGCUGUUCCACUGUCGCAGUCACGAUGAGGAAGAGGUCGAGGGACAUUUUGUAGUCGCUCACAAUCUGGUGUCCCGGUCCUCUGCACGUCUCCUGCGUCUGCAACAAGCUCUUCUGACCGUGGCACCCCAGUGGCAGCAGGUCAGCUGGGCCCAGAGGGGAUCUCCACAGGUCUGUGUUAAAGGCAUCCCAGUGGAUGGUGUUAUUCUCCUCCUGCCCUCCUCCUCCUCCGUCCUCCAGGGGCACUACACAGCUCUGUGGAGGCUGCUGGAGCAGCGGUCCCUGCUGCUCUUCAUACACGAGUACACCAGGAGGGCUCGCCUAGCGGCAGCGUACGUCUCCAGAGUGAGCCACCUGCUGGAGGAGCAGCUGGAGAAAUCCCACCGGACACCUCAACAGACCCCGUCCAAAUGGUCUUCAACCAGUGUUGGUCUCGGCUCACUGAGUCAGGAGCUCCGGGUCCAUCUCAACCACUGGUCCUGUCUGUUCUCCAAAGUCCACUCUGACCACUACCUGAGACCAGCUCUGGUCCAGCACCCCCGGCUGCUGGUGGAAAUCAAACAGACUCUGGACUUACUUGUUCUGCAGGCACUGGUGUUGAUGGGACAUUAUGUGUAUGCCAUUCUGUGUGCCAUAGCCCAGACCCAAUUAGACUCUGUACCAAGAGAAGUCCUGGAGGACAUCUUAGCUGGAACAGACCUGUAUAACCAGGCGGUGGGAGAGCAGAGAGCGCAGCACAGCACCACCCAGCUGAGGACUGCAGUAUUACAGCAGGCCCAUUAUUCCACGCCAGACUGGAGUCUUCCAAACAGCAAAGGGCGUCACCCUGCUGCCUUCACAGUCAAAGAGCUGAUGAUGAUUUUAGCGGUGCAUCAAGCAGACAUGGCAGCCAAGCAGCUGCACUGCUGGGCCUCUGAACAGAGCUGUCCCAUCUGUCAGGUCCACACCAACCCCGAGGCCUACGCAUGUCCUGAUAGCUCUGUUAGGCUGGUGGCCAGACCCCGCUCUGGGACCUCUGCACUAAGAUCUGAGCUGACCUGGGAGCAGCUGCAGCACACCUACCUUAAAUCCUCUCCUCUCGUCUCUAUUCAUCAUCAGUCAUCAUCUAGUCACACCUGCCAUACAACUCCUCCUGUUUACAUCCAUGACCCUCAUUUGGACAGGACUAUCUUUGAAAACCACCAUCCGGUGUUAGCCAAGCCCACCUGUGUCAAACACAGACCAGAGGUCUCUAACAAAGACCAAACCAGCCAGUACCAAACAUGCAUAUCCCAGACUGGUCUAGUCCAGACUAAUGUGGAAGCUUCGGACUCAGUCCAACCAAAUCUAGAAAGUUUAGAAAACCGUAAACUAUUGCAGACCAGUCACCCCCUUCAACCACCCCCUUCAACCACCCCCCACCGUCUCUCGGCCCAGCCCCUGUCAGGGGUUUGCCAACGGGACCAUUCCUCAGUAGAGCUACUUUUUCAAGUGCUAGUUUUCUCCAAUGACCUGCUGGCUCCCUUGGUGUCACAUCCACCGCCACCAGAGGCUACACCUGAACAGCUGCUCCCAGAUACAGGGCCAGAGGUGUUAUCACCACAGGAGAAGACUGACGUGAUGAUUUUAAAUGCUCCCAGUGGAAAUCCAGCUGAUGCAGUGGAAUGGAAUACAGGAGGACAGAGUACAGAGCAGAGCAAGGACCGACAUGUGGAAGGAGCUCAGCAGGAACGGGCUGAACUGAAUCUAACAAGCUCUAGAAGUGAUAGGAACCCAGAGAAGGAGGAGACAAGGGGAGCACAGGGGACAGCAGUGGAGACGGACAGUCUUCGGUGGCCUCACUCGGUCCAGUGGUUGGACCUGGGCCAGUCGCUGCUGUUUGCGGAUCUGCUUGGCCAGUACCGCACCCUGCUGUGGACCCUCUGCAGCAACGCCCUCUGGCUGCAGCUGCAUGUGCCACAAGCAGGAAGCAGUGCGGGAAGCAUCAACCUCCAGGACAAACACAGGGGCUUCCAGAUGCUGCACAGGAUGAGUCAAGCUUCAAAGACAGAUCUGGUUCCAGAGGAGUGCAGAACCAUGCUGGAGGACUUCUGUCUGUAUCUGUUAGUCAUCACAGCACAUGCUCAGUGGGACUAUGAGGUGUGCAGGAGUUUAGGUUCGGCUCUGAGAGACAAGUGUCUCAAAGCUGUGAAUCAGAGCAGCAGCUCUGGGAUGAUGUCAGUGACCAUGGAGCACCUCCUGCUGCUGUGUCCUCCUCUCCUGUCGUCCCUGAGCUACCAGCCCUCAAACAGCAGGGCCUCAGGCUCUCCUAGACUCUUCCCCGCCAGGCUCACUCUCCAGAGACAGACUGUUAGCUUGGUGUUAGCCACCGUGCAGCUGUCUAUGGUCUGGGUCAUGUCCAAGGCUUACCAGUUCCUCUCCUCCUGGCGCCUCAACAACUUCCUGCUCAUCACACAGGGAGACCUCAAAGUGCUGAGGGAGUCAAUAGAGAUAAUGGUGCAUCAGACACAGUCCCUGAUGAUGGAUUCAGAUAGUAAUCAACUUUCCACUCUUCAUAACCACAACCAGCUUCUGCUGAGGAAGCAACUUGAAGCACUGGACAGGGCUGUGUCCGAGCUGCAGACCUUCUCUUCUCUGGUGCUGAAGACCUUCUCCAGCAACUGCAAGAGGAUGUCAGGGGAGAUCUUUGAGCAGACCAUGCCUUCUGCUAGACACUGGAGACCCAGUCUCAGGACAGGUUUUCCCAGCAGUCCCAGUCAGUAUGCAUCUUUGGCAGUUCAGACUGUGAUUGGUCAGGUGUUAGAGGGCGUGGCACCAUUGUCUGACGAUGCCCGUAUCCAAGCGCUGAGUAUAACAAUGACAGCUUUCAUGGAGGCGUGGAUGGAACACAUCCUGAAACAGAGGAUCAAGUUCAGUGUGCAGGGAGCUCUCCAGCUGAAGCAGGACUUUGAUUCUAUCAGAGAGUUGAUCCAGUCGGACAAAUACGGUCUGUCAGCUGAACUCCACCAACGGCUGCUCAGCCUCCGGGUUUUCCAGCAGGUGGACUCAGCAGUGGUGUGUCUGCUCCAGCAGCCUCAGGCCAAACCAGACCUGCAGUCCAGAGCCUGGGAGCCUUUCAAACGCUGCUGUCCAGCCAACAGCAGCAGAGACAGCCUGGAUGCAGCAGUGGGGAACAGGAUAACCAACCUGAGGUGUAUGGAGGCUGAGGACCUGACUCAGGCGGAUGCCUCCGUUGUGACGGCUGACGUCCCUCCACUGAACCCCUCCAGCUCUGGAGAGCCCUACAUUGUUUCAAGUCUAGCUCUGGGGGUUGCUCAGCGGGAAUGGUUGGACCUGAGGAUCCAAAGCAGCACUCGUCGCUGGAGGCUGUCGGGUCUGCAGUGUCUCUCUAAGUCUGAACCCUGAACAUACACACACACAGGGCCGGAGAGGGGCCACUUUUCAGCCUGGGAAUUUCAGGCUCAAGACCAGCCCACUUUUUCCAUGGUAGUGGAAAUUGGAUAAAUGAAGUACCAGUUCAGCUCUUACGAUCCUGUAGUUUUUGGUCAAACAAAUAAUGUAAAAGUUAAAUACAACAAUAAUAAUCCACUUAAGAUGAGAAGUUCACAACACAUAUUCCACAAGGAUAGGUUGAUAAA